UUUUUUUGGUCCCCUGUUUGGGACUGCGUGUGUAAUCAUUAAAUAACCUUGUAGCAUUCUCACCACAAAGUAACAACAUUUUUUGUAAUUUUUUUUUUCUUCUGUCGACAAUUUAUUUAAUAAUGGGUAAAUAAAAAAAAUUAAAAAACACUGGGUCCCCCUAGUAAUAUUUUAAUACCAAAAUGGCCGCAAGAAGCGCUUAUAUAAAUCCCCAUUGCCCAUUUUCUCUUCCCCUCCCACUACUUACUACAGUCACCUCUUUCCUACCAAACCAAGUUACAAAUUCUCUCUCAGACAAUAAAUCAAACACCUUCAUCACUCCGAACUGGACCGAAACGUUUCGACAUUUCAUCUCCAUGGCUAGACCUCAACAGCGGUAUAGAGGCGUCCGCCAAAGACAUUGGGGCUCUUGGGUCUCCGAAAUUCGUCACCCUCUAUUGAAAACGAGAAUUUGGCUUGGCACGUUCGAAACGGCAGAGGACGCAGCAAGAGCUUACGACCAAGCGGCUCGGAUCAUGUGUGGCACAAAAGCACGUACCAACUUCCCGUACAACCCCAAUGAGCCUCCUUCAAACUCCACCAAUAAGCUUCUCUCCGAUACUUUGAGAGCCAAGCUUCAAAAGUGCAACGUUGCAUCUCUCCAAAUGACCAAACAACCCCUUUUCAAAGAGACCCGCGUGGCACAAUCCACCUUCACCGCCUCUGCAGUCACCAACUCCGUCGGCAUUGCCGGAAACAGCGGCGGCGCGUGGUGUGAUGGGAACUGGGUCGGAGCUCAAAUGGGCACUUGUAGCAGUAGUAGUAGUAGUAGUGAUAGUAGUAGUGAUCAAGUACAGUUCAUCAAGCCACUUGAAGAUGAUCAUAUACAGCAAAUGAUAGAAGAGUUGCUUGAUUAUGGCUACAUGGAGCUCUGCCCUGACGUACCAUGAAAUUACCAAAUAUUAAGUCAAAGUAAAAUCCCUAGACUUUUUGGGUUAAUCAAGAAGAACACUACUUAAUUAUAACUAGUACUAUAUAUAUUGUUUCAGCUAUUUUGUUUGAUAUAUCAUCAAGCUUGAACUUGCGUGACCUGUUUGUUUUGGUCCAAUAUUCAUAAAUAGCUGAUGAUAUUUCUCAAUAUAGCUUUAAUUAUUUAGUAGUAUUAGUAGCGGUAGAACUACUUCUUGUUUUUCUUAUAAACUCAUUGCUAUGAUUCAAAUAAAGGUCGAAAGAAUAUUAUAUGA